AUGUACGACAAUCAAGCUUACUUCGGUCUCAUCGAUCGUUGCACGUCCCAUCGACGAUGUCCGCCCGUAUUGGCUCCAAACUUGCUCGGAGCCAACUUUGUGCCUUGGUCAAUCGAGCAUAGCUUAUGCAGAAGGAAAACGUGGUGGAGAUUAAAGCGGCCUCUCGAAUACGAUAUCCCACCAAACCUAAAUGGCUUGAGACAGUUGGUUUCCGGAUUCGGAGACCCAAGUACAUACAAGGGGUUCCGUGCGUUCAUGGAAACCGUCGCUUCCCACGAAACAUUAUUGCCUGCAACCAUUUUCACCCUUUGUGAUUUACCGCGCAAUGACAACUAUGGAAUAUCCGAUGUCGCUGCGCCCAAAAUUGGAUCGCGCUUUCUCAAAUGGCCGGGUCAUUCCUACUCAACCGACUUGCGAUUUCGAAAUCAGGUUUUCAAGAUGCAUUAUCGUUUUUCCAUGCCACGGGAUCAAAGAAAACUCAGCAAUGGCGAACGUUGUGCGAUUUCGUGCAAGCAUUGGAGUUGGAAAUUGAAACAAACGAACAAUUAA